UUUGUACACCUCAGUGUACAGGAAUUCUUGGCAGCUCUUUAUGUUCUUCAUGAAGGAGUUCUUAGGGCAAAUCCUUUUCCAAAGAACUGGAAAGAGAAGAUCAGCUGGAGAUUCUCUCACUCAAGGUUUGACCUUUUCAAGAUGGCAGUGGAUAAGGCCCUGCAGAGCCAGAAUGGACAUUUUGAUCUUUUUGUUCGUUUCCUCCUCGGCCUGGCUCCAAUGUUGGAGCCUGAAAUCCGAUCUCCCCUGAAGGAGGUCCUGCCACAGUUAGCUAUCAGAGAAGUGAGCAUCGAGAAAACAGUUCAAUACAUCAAAGAGAAGAUCAGGGAGGAUAUCUCACCAGAAAGGACCAUCAACCUCUUCUACUGUUUGAAUGAGUUAGGGGACAAGUCACUGGUUGAGGAGAUCAACAGGUACAGAAACUCAGCAGAUAAGGAGAAGAAUCUGACUCCAGCCCAGUGUUCAGCUUUGGCUUAUCUGCUGCUGAUGUCAGCUGAAGACUUGGAUGAGUUUGAUCUGAAGAAAUACCUGAGAUCAGACGAAGGGCUCCGCAGAAUGCUUCCUGUAGUGAAAGUCUCUAGGAGAGUUCAGUGAGUACAGUUAAGGGUGGGUUCUGGGAGUAAAGCCUUGUUAACAACAAUGACACAACUUGGGACCAUUUUGGAAAUGUAUUCUGACAUACUGGCUGAGAGAUGCUUAUUUUAUAAAUACUGAGUUUUUUUAACUGUGUAUGACCAUGAAUAAAAGGGUUAUAAUUGUAUAUGCAACUUAGAUACCUCGACAAUAUAAUGUUUAAUCUUCAUUUCUAAACAGGCUGAAUCAGUGUCAAUGCUGAAUAGUUUAAAAUGUGUGCAUAUCUAUUAUUACAUACAUACAUAAUGUUUUUUAAACAGGCUAAUGGAGUGUGACCUCUCCAAAGCAAGCUGUGAAAUGAUGGCAUCAGUGAUGCAAGGGACACCUUCCCAUCUGAGAGAUCUGGACAUGAGUUGGAAUCAUCUCUUGAAGGACGAAGGAGUGGAGCUGCUCUGUGACGGACUAAGAGAUCCACAGUGCAAGCUGGAGAUACUAAGGUCAGUUAUGUGUCAUGUAAUAAACCUGCGUGAGGCUACCACUGAUUAAAAUGUUAGCAGCCGUUUCUUUCAAUCAAACCAGAGGUUGCAAGCACAUCGAAUGAAAUGGUGGUAAUUAUUCACUUAAUAAAUUUUAUUAGCAAGACCCUCUGUCUGCAGGAGAUGGACCAAUUAGCUGCAAUGGAAUACACCACUCAGCGUCUUUAAAAGUUACUACACUCAAAAGACAGAAGGAAGUUUCUUUGUUUUUGAUGCAGUAACGAAGUAACGAAGUAACCAGUAGCACGUGGAACAUACUCCGGAUUCAGCGGUGUAGGUCCGAACAACCAGCAUCU